AUGGCAUCAACUCCCCAUUUCGAACUGGUUCAGGCCGCCGAGGCACUGCUCGAGAACGCAAAGAAGCUAGCAGCCGUGACCAAGCCUGGCCAGGAUGACAACGACCUGGAACUCCGGCGAGACAUCGCCCGCAUAGCCAAGAGCAUUGCCUUCGAGACGGCCCCAGCAAUCGAUGUAGUGAAAUCCGACUGGAUCGCGCCGCAGCUCGCUGAUGUCGCAACAUUGAACAUCUUCAUCGACUGGAAAGCCUUCGACCACAUCCCCCUUGACGGGCACAUCUCCAUCCAUGACCUCGCCCUUGCCGUCGAUGCCCAGGAAUCUCUCGUUGCCCGACUAUCCGCCCACCUCCUCUCAACGCACAAACUCCACCCCGGCCCCUCCCCCCACACCCUCCAGCACAGCCGCAUCUCCCCGCUCUACCGCACCCCCCACCCAGUCUCCUCCCUGAGCACCGUAGCCGUCGGCAACGCCAUGCGGCCCUUCGCGCACUGGCCGGGCUUCUUCGCCGCCCACGGCCGCGCCGAACCCCGCGGCCAGACCGAAACCCCCUUCGCCUUCGCCUGGGGCCACGCAGACCUGCCCCCCUGGGAGGUCAAGGCGCUGUAUCCGAGUUAUGCGCAGGCGUUUGCGCGCAGCAUGCGGGCGCGGGAGAUGGUGGGCGGGGAUACGAAGUGUGUUGGGGCUGGGGUGUUGUAUGAUCUGGCGUGGGUGGGGGUGGAGGCGAGGAGGGCGAAGGAGGGGGAGGUGGUGGUGGUGGAUGUGGGGGGUGGGUUGGGGCAGUUGGUGAAGGAGGUUGUGAGGGAUGUGGAUGGGUUGGCGGCGGGGCAGUGCGUGCUGCAGGAUCGGAGGGAGGUGCUUGAGGAGGCGAGGGCUGCUGCGGCGGCGGUGGCGGGUGGGGGGUUGGAGGGGGUGGUGAUGAUGGAGCAUGACUUUCAUGAGGAGCAGCCGGUGAAGGGGGCAUUGGUGUACCUACUUCGACGGAUCUUGCUCGACUACUCGGAUACGCUCGCCACGGGCAUUCUGCGCCGUCUUGCCGACGCCCUGCCUAUCGACAACCCGAAAGCAAGGGUCAUCAUCAUGGAGGAGAGGCUGCUGGAUGUGCCAACGCCGCAAAACUGCCUGGUGGAUCUCGUCAUGUUCAACCUCGGGGGCAAACUCCGGAACGAAGCCAUGUUCAGGGAGAUCGCGGGCGCAGCGGGGUUGAAGGUAGUGGGGUAUUUCGUCCGCGAGGAAGACUCCAACUGCGUUGUUGAGUGUGCCAGAAUUUGA